AUAACCAAACAAUAAAUGUAAAUGAAAAUAAACAUCUCAGUUUUCAAUUGUAGGAAAACAUGGCUGAAACUCUCACUUCCCUAACACUUCUGCAGCCUUGCAUCAAACAGAGUUCUCUACAAACAACGAAGGCAGAAUUCAGGACACUUUCUAAAUCACUUAGGCAAUGCUCAAGUUCAAGGUUUCACAAGAUGGAAGGUGGGAGAAGAAGGUCCUUAGUUGGAGCAAACGCGUUGCCUGACUGGCCGUUGAUGGCCGUUAUGGUUGAACACGCGGAAGGACAAAGAGAUCUCAUCACCCACAAGUCUAUUUGGCAUCUCAGUGACGAAGCCAUUAAGAAUGUUUAUACAUUCUACAUAAUGUUCACUGUGUGGGGGUGCUGUUUCUUCGGCUCCACUAAGGAUCCAUUCUACGAUUCAGAAGGAUACAGAGGUGAUGGAGGAGAUGGGACUGGCCAUUGGAUUUAUGAGAAGCAAGAAGAUAUAGAGGAAUCAGCAAGAGCAGAGCUGUGGAAGGAAGAGUUGAUUGAAGAGAUCGAACAAAAGGUUGGUGGUUUAAGAGAACUGGAAGAAGCUGGCAAGAAAUAAGAGCUUCUUAACUAAUUCUUCUAUUAAAUUAAGUUUAUAGUAAUACAUAAGCAAUAUUUUAAAUUUGUAAAGUUUAUUCUGCAGAUUAUGUUGAAUUACUUAUGUUCCAACUUCUCAAGUAUAUUUACCUCUUAAAAUUAUAGUAUUAA